AUGAAAUUAUUCGCUGGAAUUUCAUUCCUUGCUGGUCUCGUACUGUCUGCGACGUACAAGGAUAGUCCCGGUUCAAGGGAUGUCGACGUUACCACAAAACUACGCACGCACUCGAUAUCUGCUCCUUACGUUGAUCAAGAGCUCAACAAUCGUUGGUGGGAUUUUGGUGGAUCGACAAUUAUAGACGCUAAUAAUCAUAUACGCCUCACACAAGAUAAGCAAUCCGAGCGUGGCUGGAUUUGGUCGAGGCUUCCAAUCACCGUUUCCAGCUACCAAGUUGAAUUCGAGUUUAAAGUCGGUGGGAGAAACAAUCACAUGUAUGGCGAUGGAUUCGCUAUGUGGCUCACUCAGGGGAGGAACAAAGAGGGCGAAGUCUUUGGCAGCGUCAACAACUUCUAUGGUCUCGGUGUCUUCUUCGACACGUACGCAAACAGUCGUCACUCAUACCCCUUCCCUAGAAUAUCUGCCAUGUUAGGUGAUGGCCGCACUCUCUACGAUACCAGCACCGACGGCCAGGAUCAAAGCCUUGAUGGCUGCUCUCUCAAGUUCCGUAAAGCGGAAGUUACACCAAAAGCUAGAUUCUCUUACUUGAAAUCUAAAUAUAUCAAGCUUGAAGUACAAACAAAGAAGUGGGGCGAGUGGGAGGAGUGUUUUAUGAUUGAAGAUGUUCAACUUCCACUCCACCCUUACCUCGGUUUCAGUUCUAUUACAGGCGAAAUCGCAGAUAACCAUGAUAUCAUCUCUGUUGACACCAACGAGAUUGCGGAGAGAGGCGUAAAUCAUCGCGCUCAAGAAAAAAUGCGCAACACUAAGAAAGCUAAAUCCAAGACAUUCUUCAAGACAAUCGUUAACUUUAUCACUUAUUCUUUUGUUUUGGCUUUGUUUGCGGUUAUCGCAAAGAUUGCACACUCCGUUUGGAAACAAAAACAAGCGAAACGAUUCUAG